GCGGUCUCUCGCGCUGCGCUCGCUCUGUGUCGCUCUGCCGCCGGGGCCCGGCACCCCCGGGCAUGAGCGCCCCCGCGACGCUGCCCCCUGAGGGAGAGGAGGGGCUGGAGACGGCCUGGCCCCCCGCAGCCAACGCCAGCCAGGCUCCCGCAGAAGAUGCGGUGGCGGCGGGGACAGGGGGCUCGGGGGCGGCGGGCAUGGUCACCAUCCAGUGUAUCUACGCGCUGGUGUGCCUACUGGGCCUGGUGGGCAACGCCCUGGUCAUCUUCGUGAUCCUUCGCUACGCCAAGAUGAAGACGGCCACCAACAUCUACCUGCUCAACCUGGCCAUCGCGGACGAGCUGUUCAUGCUGAGCGUGCCGUUCGUGGCCUCGUCGGCCGCCCUGCGCCACUGGCCCUUCGGGCCGGUGCUGUGCCGCGCGGUGCUCAGCGUCGACGGCCUCAACAUGUUCACCAGCGUCUUCUGCCUGACCGUGCUCAGCGUGGACCGCUACGUGGCCGUGGUGCACCCUCUGCGCGCGGCCACCUACCGGCGGCCCAGCGUGGCCAAGCUGAUCAACCUGGGAGUGUGGCUGGCGUCCCUGCUGGUCACCCUGCCCAUCGCCAUCUUCGCAGACACCAGGCCGGCUCGCGGGGGCCAGGCUGUGGCCUGCAACCUGCACUGGCCGCACCCGGCAUGGUCGGCGGUCUUCGUGGUUUAUACUUUCCUGCUGGGCUUCCUGCUGCCGGUUCUGGCCAUCGGCCUGUGCUACCUGCUCAUCGUGGGCAAGAUGCGGGCCGUGGCGCUGCGGGCUGGCUGGCAGCAGCGACGGCGCUCGGAGAAGAAGAUCACUAGACUGGUGCUGAUGGUCGUGGCCGUCUUUGUGCUCUGCUGGAUGCCUUUCUACGUGGUGCAGCUGCUGAACCUCUUUGUGACCAGCCUUGAUGCCACAGUCAACCACGUGUCCCUCAUCCUCAGCUAUGCCAACAGCUGCGCCAACCCCAUUCUCUAUGGCUUCCUCUCCGACAACUUCCGGCGUUCCUUCCAGCGGGUUCUCUGUCUGCGCUGCUGCCUCUUGGAUGCUGCUGGCGGGGCGGAGGAAGAGCCCCUGGACUACUACGCCACUGCUCUCAAGAGCAGAGGUGGGGCAGGAUGCAUGUGCCCCCCGCUCCCCUGCCAGCAGGAGCCCGUGCCACCAGAACCCAGCCGCAAGCACAUGCCCCUCACCAAGACCACCACCUUCUGAAGAGCCUUCACCACCCACCUGGCUUGGCCACCUCCUAAGGGGUGGGCACCACGUUACAGCCUAGCAGACUGCAUCUCCCGGAUGCUCAUCUAAGGACUACGACCUGUCCCUACCAAAGCCUUCUCCUUCCAGCAGUCGAUGUGCCAUGGCCAAGAGCAUCAGAUCCCCUCUGCUGUUCUCCUCUGCACAGAGCUCCAGCUUUAGAAGGAUGCCUCCAUGGGGGUAGGACUGCUCUGGGUACUGGGCUAGAGUAUUUAUUAAUCAUUCCUGAACCUCUGGCUGAUUUUCAAGGGGUGGGAAGCAGGAGGUGGCAAAAGAAUGGCCACCUGCCUAUGACUUGUUACAGUGACUGCUUGGGAACAGACUCCAGAGGGUGGAGGGGGGUAGUGCCCUCCCUCUCCGCAGACUCUCUGCCUUGUGGGGGGAGCACAGCAUGCAUAGAGAGACAGGGGAGGGAGGAAGAUGCCCCCAAGCUCACUCCCUUUGCAUCUAUUCCUGGGCUCUUGUUGCUAAGUGAGACUUAUGUGCAACAGUCUGGGGCACUUUCUUUGUCACCCCACCAAGUCCGACACCUGCUCGCAAUCACACGAGUCCCCCAGGUUUUCCUGGGCCAGAAGCAGUCUUCCUGUGAGUAGAAAAGAUUCGGAGCGACAUGACAUGGAGUUUGUUGCAAGACAUAAAACCAGGUCAGUAAUAAAAAACAGUAAAGAGAAUAAAAUCUCAUCUAGCUGCUAUGAUGUAA